AUGAGAGGAGAGUGUGUGAGAGAAGAUCGUGUGAGAGAAGAUUGUGUGAGGAGUGCGUGUAUGAGAGGAGAGUGUGUGAGAGGAGAGUGUGUGAGAGAAGAUCCGUGUGAGAGAAGAUUGUGUGAGGAGUGCGUGUGUGAGAGGAGAGUGUGUGAGAGAAGAUUGUGUGAGGAGUGCGUGUAUGAGAGGAGAGUGUGUGAGAGAAGAUCGUGUGAGAGAAGAUUGUGUGAGGAGUGUGUGUGUGUGCGAGAAGAGCGUGUGAGGAGUGUGUGUGUGAGAGAAGAUUGUGUGAGACGUGUGUGUGUGUGUGUGUGUGUGUGCGAGAGGAGAGUGUGUGCGAGAAGAGCGUGGAUAAGUGUGAGAGGAGUAUGA